AUGCUCCUCGAACUAACACUCCCCCUCCUCCUCGCCCUCACCUCCUCCGCCCAACCCACCGCAUCCCCAACGACAACCACCCUCCCAACCCUCCAAUCAGGCUGGUACUUCAUCCGCGCCGUCGAAACACCAGCCUACCACAGCUACCUGCAGACCAUCCCCAGCACCACCCCGGGACCAGCCUAUCUGUCCUCCAACACCAACGCCGGCCAAUUCAACAUCAUCUCCGGCCAACUCGUCUACAACACCGGGGCAAGCCAGCUGUACAUGAACGUCGAAGAUCCCGUCGACAAGACGCAGCGCACUCUGCAGACGUGGUUCAACAAGACGCAGAACCAGUACGGCAAGUUUGGGUUCCAGGGGGAUGCGGUGACGUGGAGCGUGAGUGAUAUUGCCCGGCCGAAUGUGGCGGCUUGGUAUGUUUGUGGGGACCAGGGACGGUUGUAUAUCAAUACGGGGCCUUAUGGGUACCAGACGCCGGCUGGGUGUUAUGAUGAGACGAUUCAUUCGUAUGGGGGUUCGACGCCGACGGUUUGA